GCAUCAACUUAUUGGUUAUAUGUAUGUCAUAGUUUAUUUUACUACUUUUGUUAUGCACUACACAAAAUGGACCGCCGAAAGUUAGUUAAUGUAGAUCAUCAAAAUGAUCAAGCUACUUCUUAUAACGGUAAUAAAUGGAGUGUAAUAAGAGUGCUGUAUACCAUAAAAUGGACAUCGUGUUUAAUUGGUUUAGCUACAGGAUGUGUAAUAACAGUUGUUAUGACUCUGUCUCUAAUGCUAAUUAUAGCACCAUAUUUGCAGUUUCACAAUGAAUUGAAUUCAUCAAAAGGAAAUGAUGUGUGGAGUAGUUAUGGCGACUGGACCUGGCAACCUUGUUCCGUUACUUGUGGCCACGGUACUCAAAAGGGAGAAAGGUCAAGGUCAUGCCUUAGCGAAACGUAUUGUGUAGGCAAUGAGAUAGAAACUAUGACCAAACCUUGUGAUAUUGGACACUGUCAAGUUGAUGGACAUUGGAGUGACUGGAUAAUGGAUGGACCUUGCAGUGUCACAUGUGGUACAGGCACACAGAACAAGUUUAGGGAAUGUUCCAAUCCAUAUCCUCAAAAUGGCGGAAAGUCUUGUAGGGGCCAAAGAACUAAACAAACAGAAUGUAAUCAACAAGAAUGUUGCCCUGGAAUAACAAAACCAGACAAUCUACAAUGUGAAAACGGUUGGAUACGAAAUGAUGACUUUAAUGCAUGCUAUUGUUUCAGUAAAAGACAGGCUUCAUGGUUUACCGCUCAGGUGUAUUGUAGACAACAAAACGCCACACUAUCAACAGUAUAUUCCAAAGCCGAAUCUGACUGGCUGUCCCUUAAAAUACGAAUCCUUAUCGGUAGAGAUGUAUGGAUCGGAGGGAAAAAGGUCAGAUAUGAAUAUAAAUGGAUUCUUUCAUCGGGAGACGGCAGAAUGAAUUUUACAAACUGGGCUCCUAACGAACCAGUGUUGUACCCGAUACAUAAAACUUACAUAUGUGUACAAAUAUGGCAAAGUUCUGAAUAUCAAUGGGAUGACUUUGACUGUGGUUAUAAACAGUCAUUCGUCUGUAAAAAUAAUGUGUAAAAUGAAUAGAGUAUAUGGUUUGAAAACAAGACACUAUCUACUGUCAUUCUCUCAUUAAUAACAUUGUAUCAUGCGGCGUACUUUAAAUCGUCUAGUUGAUCCUAGAUGGCUAGUUUGACUGUUUGAUCAAAUAAAACCCACUUUAUUACUAGAUAAUUAGUGGCUAAUGGACAAACACUUAAAGGAAAAUGCAAACAUGGCCAAACAUAUUUUGGAUAAAAAUAUAUUUAUAUAUUAAAUAAUGUACAAUAAUAUUAUUUAUUUGUGCAUUUUUCUGUG